AUGAAUUUAAAAACUUAUAGUAAUAGCGAUUUUGACGUAAAAAUAAUCGUUGGAAAUGGACAAAAUACUAAGGAAUUUAAAGCGCAUUCAACAAUUUUAAAUUCACGUUCUCUUUAUUUUCAAAGAGCUUUAUCCGAACGAUGGAAUAACAAGGAGCAUGAUUUUUACGUUUUUAAAUAUCCAAAUAUUUAUCCAUAUACUUUUAGGAUUAUUCUUGAUUUUAUUUAUGAAGAAAAAACUAAAUUACGAGCAUCUGCUGAAACUUGUUUAAAUUUAAUGGCUUCAUCUGACGAACUCGAACUUCUUAAUCUUGCAGAAUGUGCACAAGAACAUUUAAUUAAAAAGAAUUUAUCUUGGUUAUUUUCUAAUCUUAUAACAUCACUUAAUUUUGCUUGUCAACAUGAUCAUUUCUACAAAUUAUAUAAUCUUGUUUUGAAUUUUACUUGCAAAAAUUCUUAUCCACUUUUUAAUUCUAAAUACUUUACGUUAUUAGAUAAAGUGGCACUGAUAUGUCUUUUAAAAAGGGAUGAUCUUGAACUUGAAGAAAUAGAAAUUUGGGAUUAUUUAAUUAAGUGGGGUAUUGCUAAUUCUAAAAAACUUCAUGAUGAUAAUAUCUCAAAUUUGUCUAAUGAAGAUAUUACAAGUUGGUCUGAUAAUCAAUUUGAAGCAUUAAAAGAAACAAUUUCUCAAUGCAUUCCCUUAAUUCGUUAUUGCCAUAUUCCUAAAAGUUAUAUUGAUAAACAAAUUAAACAAUACCAUUUAGAUUCUACUGAUUUAUGCAUGGAUUUCGACUGUUGGAGUUAUGCACGUGCAGAUUAUUAUUACAAAAUAACAAAUUCAAGUCAAUUUACUGUUGAUGAUUAUGAAGUUUUUAUAGUUGAUAAUUUUAAUCAAAGCAUAAAUUCAGUGUUAAAAACGACUAUGGAACUG